GGGGACCGGGGGUCAGCGAGACCCUGGCGGGGACGGGGGCACAAUCCCGGGGCCCCCACCCUCCUCCACACCCGCCCUAAGUUCUGCGUGAACGAAGCCAUCCCCCUCGGGGGCCGUGCCAGGGUCCGGUCGCUGGGCCCCGCGUCCCCGCGGGCAGUCCCCUGCCUCCGCUCUUGGCCGGCGGGGUGGGGGUGGCGGGCGCGGAGCACGUGGCUCGGGGUCCGGGUAGCCCCCCCACCCCCGGCACUGGCGGUCCCCGCGGUGUCCGGGCCGCGGGGCCGGCGGCGGGAGCGGCGUGCGCGGGCGGGCGGGCGCGGGCAGGGGGCGCGCGGGGGCGCGGCCGGGCGGGGGUCGGCGGGCGAGAUGUGCGAGCGGGCGGCGCGCCUGUGCAGGGCCGGCGCGCACAGGCUGCUCCGGGAGCCGCCGCCGCAGGGCCGCGCGCUGGGCGGGCUGCUGCGCUGGGUGGGCGCCAGGAUGGGGGAACCCCGUGCACCGCUCGUCCCCGACAUCCCCUCCGCGGACCCCGGCCCCGGGCCCGCCGCAUCGCGAGGGGGCACAGCCGUCAUCCUGGACAUUUUCCGCCGCGCCGAUAAAAAUGGUGAGUUCCUUCCAGGUGCUCCGCUGCCCACACUCCCUGUCCUGAUGCUUCAUGGGAAAGAGCUAGGGGUGGGGACAGGGACGACUAUGGUCCUGAAGAUGAAGAGCACAAGAAGAUCCAGAGGUCAAGUCCUGCCGCUGUUCUGGGCCUCAGUUUCCCCUUCUAUGAUGGGAAGCUGUCCCUGGAGGAGUUUCAACUCUUCUUCGCAGAUGGCGUCCUUAAUGAGAAGGAGCUGGAGGGCCUCUUCCAUACCAUCGAUUCAGACAACACCAACCACGUGGACACCAAGGAACUGUGUGACUACUUUGUGGAGCACAUGGGAGACUAUGAAGAUGUCCUGGCCUCCCUGGAGACUUUGAACCACUCAGUCCUGAAGGCCAUGGGCUACACUAAGAAGGUGUAUGAAGGUGGGAGCAAUGUGGACCAGUUUGUGACACGCUUCCUUCUGAAGGAGACAGCCAAUCAGAUCCAGUCGCUGCUCAGCUCUGUGGAAAGUGCUGUAGAAGCCAUCGAAGAACAGACCAGCCAGAUCCGACAGGACCACUGCAAACCCAGCCAUGCCGUCAACGAGAGCCGCUACGGAGGCCCUACUCCUCCCUACAUCCCCAACCACAAGCUUGUGGCCCCGGAGCCGAUGAAGAGCCUGCCUGUGGCCACAGGGGAGCCAAAGGAGGAUGGGCUGGAGGGCCAGAUAAGCCGGUUGGCAGAGCUGAUUGGGAGACUGGAGAGCAAGACCCUCUCGUUUGACCUGCAACAGCGCCUCUCGGAUGAAGAAGGCACCAACAUGCACCUGCAGCUGGUCCGGCAGGAAAUGGCCGUGUGCCCUGAGCAGCUGAGUGAGUUCUUGGAUUCCCUGAGACAGUACCUCCGGAGCACGGCUGAAGAAAGGAACUGCUUCCAUGUUGCCGCAGUGAGGAUGGCAGAUGGCCUAACCUUCGUCAUCUACGAGUUCUGGGAGACAGAGGAGGAGUGGAAGAGGCACCUGCAGAGCCCUGUGUGCAAGGCCUUCCGACACGUCAAGGUUGACACGCUGAGCCAGCCUGAAGCACUCUCCCAGAUCUCCGUGCCAGCUGCCUGGUGCACCUCUGGCCGAGACUGACCCCUCCCUGUUAAGAAGCCCUACUCUCGUGCCCUGCCCCUUCUUGUAAAGGGCAACACCCCUUUUCUAGAGACUUUGGUAAACUGCUGUCUUUUCAAUAUACUAAUCAAAGGACUGGUAACUUCCCCCUGCUGUGUGGCACAGAGGCGGCCCAUCCCCUGGUAUUCCCCACACCUGACUCAACCUGGCAGAGGAGGCCAAGGUUAGUAGGGAUGGCUUCCCAGGCCAACCUUCCAUCCACAGCUUCCCACCCCAGCCAGCCUCUGGCAUCCCUGACUCUGAAUAGCUGAGGCCCAGUAGGGCCCACCUCUGAUGGACAGGCCUGUUCCUCUACUUCCGUCCUCUGUGAUGGCCCGCUACCUAGUAGGAGCUGUGACCCUGUAGUACCCAACCUAGGCUUGGGGAGAGCCCAGGUCCCCAGCAUCACGCUAGGCCCACAGCCACCAAAUAAAGUCUGGCUAGGAACAGUG